GGAACCUUCCCAGAAGCUGUGAGGGUUGACUCCUGUAGCUUGUUAGUCUCCCCUCCCUCACUCCCAUCCAAGGUUGUUAGCUUCAUUUCUCUCAUCCUGCUCCUGUGCUUUUGACAGUGAGCCCUCGUCGACACCAAGCCAAGCAGCACCAAUCCAGGAAAUUCGGCAAAGCUGAGGAAGACAGAACUAGAGCAGAGAGGAAGCGGAACAGAACACACUGUAAUGAAGAUGUGAAGUAGGUGGUGAAUAUGAUUUGGACGACACCAUAACUCCAGCCAGCAUGAGCUUAUCUGCUACCAUUGGGGCCAUCAGUGGCUUCAAUGAGUGUGUCACUUUCUGGCAGUGGGCCAGAUCUGCCAUUUCAUCACUGCACUCUCAAUGGAGUGGCUCACAGGAGCAAGAUCUCCAGAGUCGUGUAUUGCAGUUGGAGAGUGGCCUACAAGUUCUGAGGGAUACUCUUCCUGCAAUGCACGACCUCAUUAAUAAAGCAGAAUGGAGCCACGAUGAUGCUGUGGCAAAAAUCCUUCCCAAUCUCAAGGAUGCAGUGUUUGAUGCUGAGGACCUUAUUGAUGAGUUCAGAUGGUAUGAGAAGAAGGUGCAAGCGGAGGGCAAUGCAAGCCAGUCUCCUUCCAUUGACUUCUUUGACACCGUAAUCCAAGAUGGCUUCAACAAACUGGAUGACGUCCAGUUGAGGUUGAGCAGUCUUUCAAGUCAGAUGGAGAGUAUGGGGCUUCGUGGAGUCGCACAACGCUUUGACAAAUUAGUCAGGCCAGAGACCACCUCUUUUCCAAGUGAAACAAAAAUAUUUGGUCGUGACAAGGAGCUGAAGCAAGUAUUAGAAUUUCUCAAUGUGCCUAUAAAUUCAAAACGUAAGAGAGCAACUAGUUCAGUCAAUGCAUCAACAAGCACAGCAGCAAGCAACCAUUUUAAUAGCGAAUCAAGUCUCCCUGUUCUUGUGAUGGAUGGAUUUGGUGGUGUUGGAAAGACUACUUUGGCCCAACAUAUCUGCAGCCAUAAAGGAGUGAGGUCACACUUUAAGAAGAUAAUUUGGAUUUGUGUCUCCGAUGACUUCGAUGUGAAGAGGCUGACUAAAGAGGUCAUACAAUCCUUUACUGGAAAGGAGGCAACGGCUGGUAAUUUGAAUACUCUUCAAGAGAUUCUCUCUAACCAUGUGAACAAUAAAAGGUUAUUAAUAGUCCUUGACGACGUGUGGGAUGAUGCCUUGAAGGAAAAUGGACAGUGUUGGAAAAAGUUUUGUGCACCAUUUAGAAGUGCCCAAGAGGGAAGUGCGAUGUUGGUCACCACUAGAUGUCCAAAUGUUAGGGACGGGGUGCGCACAAUGGAGCCUGUUAGAUUAGAUGGUCUGGAUGAGGACAUAUUUUGGAAUUUCUUCAAAUUGUGUGCGUUUGGAUCUGAGGAAUCUAACAAUGAUCCCGAUUUAGAGGGACUUGGUAGAAGUAUAGUUCCAAAAUUGAAGGGUUCUCCUUUGGCUGCCAAAACUCUCGGACGCAUGUUGAAAGCAAACCCUGAAGUAUCACAUUGGAAAUCUAUACUUGAGAGUGAACUGUGGCGGUUGCAUCAAGAGAAGACUGAGAUUUUACCUGCCCUUCGGUUGAGCUAUAUGUAUUUACCAUUCAAAUUGAAGCGAUGCUUCGCAUUCUGUGCUAUCUACCCCAAGGAUUACAAAUUUGACAAGGAGCAUUUAGCUGAAAUUUGGGCGGCAGAAGGCUUUGUGGAGCCUCAAGGUGGUGUUCCUAUUCACGAUGUUGGCUGUCAGUAUUUUGAAGACCUUGUAGCACGGUCCUUCUUUCAAAAAGUUGGCGGUCAAUACGUAAUCCAUGACUUGCUGCAUGACAUGGCACAAAAAGUUUCAGAGGACGACUGCUUCAUCUUAAGAAAUACGAGUGACUUUGCUAUAGUUCCCCAGAAUGUUCGUCAUCUGUACGUACUCCCUAGCAGUGAAUUUGACCAUUCCAACUUGCCGAGCCUAUGCAACUACACAAAGCUGCGUACCCUAAUCUGCAAAAAGAGUUUAGGAAGAAAAGCAGAUAUUGUAAUGGAAUCCUGGUGUGAUAAACUUCUCCGUAUGCGUGUGAUGUCUUGUGCCUCCGCAGAUAAGUUACCAGAUAAUAUUGGCAACUGGAAGCAUCUUCGGUACCUUGAAAUAUCCAGAGCUUGUUCUUUGAAGAAGAUUCCUUCAACUUUCUGUUGGCUAUAUCAUAUGCAGAUUUUAUAUGCCAAGAAAUGCAAGCUAGAAAUUCCCGGUGACUUUGUGAAGUUGACCAGUUUGCAGAAAUUCGAAGCAAUAGGAUUAACUCUUGAUUCGGCCAAUAAAGAGGGACAAGGAAUUAGGUUAAUAAAGAAUCUGAACCAAAUUCGUGGAUACUUGGUGAUAAAUAAUCUUGCCGCCCUAAGUAAGGAUCAGGCAGCUGAAGCUGAACUGAAAAAUAAGAAAUAUCUUGAUAGGUUGACAUUGAAUAUGCAUUCGCCCUGGGGUUUUGGUAUGCUGCCAACCAUCCUAUCAGCCUCUUGUCAGGCUAAGAACAAAGAAGUGCUUGAAGUUCUACAACCUCCUAUCAGCCUCAAGUCUCUGCUCCUCCAGAAUUAUGGCGACUCCUCACUCCCAAGCUGGUUUCAGCCACCAAACUUGCCAAGUUUAGAAUCACUCACUUUUCAAGGAUGUGAUGGACUCAACAGCAUAAACUUAAAGGAGAUACCCGCAUUCCUGUCUCUCGCAGAUGUAAAAAUUGAAGGGUGCAAAAAUAUUUCAAGCCUCGAAGAUUUUCCUCCAGGCAUCAAGAAAAUAGUGAUUAAAAAUUGCGAGAUGUUAGAAUCAGUACCAACUGAAAAGUGUGGGGAUUUUGAUUUCCUUGAAGAAAUGUCCUUAUUCCGUUGUCCGAAUAUCCGCCUUCAAGGAUUGGUUUCGCAGUCCCUUAAGGAGCUCGUUGUGUGGGAUUCUGGUCUCUUUUGCAAUAUCAACUGCUGCUCCCUCACCGAAUUUAGUGUAUCAAGCAAGUCUAUCACAUCCAUCCAAUUGCAAACGUGGAGUCUUCCAGCACUACGAGAGCUGCGUAUUCAGUCUGAAUCUCUUGCAUCUAUUGGCGGCAUUGGAGCAUUCUCGUCCCUUAAAGUCAUAAAAUUUAGUGAGUGUCGUAAAUUGCCAACCCUUGAUGGCCUGCUAACACAAGAGCAUCUACCCGCUAUUGAGAGAAUUGAAAUCAGAUGUUGUUCGGAGUUAAAGUCCCUGCCAGCUGAAUGGUUUCCCUAUCUGAAACAUCUGGUGGUUGAUGAGUGCACAAGUCUCAAGUGGCAAACAGGUUUUGUGUUGCCAUCAUGCCUACAAAGCCUACGCUUAAAGGAAUGUGGGGAUAUCUCUCCAUGUAUUCCCAGCUGCCUAGAGAACCUCACAUCCCUCGUCUCACUUGAAAUUGAAGGAUUCAAUGGAAUAAAAUCCAUUCCAGGCAACGUUUGGCACAAUUAUCUUGUAUCACUCGAGAAAUUGGUGAUUAAGAAAUGUCAACAUCUAGUUUCAAUUGGUGGAGCAGAGGUGGUUGCAAAUAUCAAGGAGGUGGAGGUCAGGGGGUGUCCAAAGUUAGAGGAAGCGGACCAGAUCAAUAGUACAAGGAGGACAAGAAGGACUAGGUGACAGGCGAUCGAGCUGGAACCAAUGGCUGGACUAGAUGGAAGUUGGAAGACCUGAGGACAACGGGACUAUUCCAUCUGUAAUCCAUAUUACGGUUCUAUUCCAUCAAUCUGUAUGUAAUCCAUAUUUGUGCUGAUAACUAUCAGUUCCCAGUUUGCGCAAUCGUAGCAAAGUUGUUGUAACUUCUGAAACAAUAGUGUAUUAUGUGGGUGUCAUCAGUACUAUUAGGGAGAAGGAUUUGAAUAUGGUAGGGUUUUUGUCCCGGAGAAGGUUUCCCCACCAUAUCCAAGUCUGUUUACACUCCCAAGUUGUGCACCUACCAGACGUUGUAUUUUUAUAUAUAUGCAUUUUGUGUGUUUUGGUUUUGGCGCAUCUUAA